CUAUUCAUCAAGCCGUCUUCCGAUUCCGACGAUCUUACGGAAAGCGGCUGUACCGAUGUAAUAACCGAUAAAGUGCGACAAGCAAUUCUACGCCAUCACAACGAAGCGCGAUCGGUAGUGGCGAAAGGAAACUACGAUAUGCCUUCACCCAAAGAGGGAGGAUUGCCAAGACUACCGCCUGCAAAACGAAUGUACCAGUUGAAGUACAACUGCUCGCUGGAGAGAUCGGCUCUUAAGUGGGCCAAGGUAGCGAAAUGUGAAAUCGUCCAUUCUGGCUGGCCAGUCGGAGAGAAUCUUUAUUCUGGGGGAGACGAUGAUGAUCUGGACCUUGUC